AUGCAACCUCGACAAACUUGGAAGACUAAAAUUCUUGGAGUUUUGAGAUUAUUAGGUUCUUCAACGAAUGCUUCCAAAAAUGAGGAACUUAAAAUCCCACCUUCGACCACGUACUCGGAUGAUUCAGAUGGAUUCAACUCUGAUACGGAAGUGAGCAUAAAAACCACUUCAUCAGACCUGGCAGAAACCAUAAAAUCAUCUAACAACACUAUUGCGUCAAAAGAUUUACACGAGUGUAAUGUAUGCAAGAACAUGAGAUCACUCAAUUGUGUAUUCACUGCUAUUUGGUUGAAAGGACCAAGAAAUCAUUGGAACAAUGAAAGAAUGUUGUACGUCAGGCGUAAAUGGUGUAAAGUGGUUUUAAAACGACUCGUUCAUUCUCCGGACAACAUCGGAUUUGAAUUCAUCAACCAGCUUCGAAGUCAUUAUGGACGUAAAAAAUCCCGUUGUGAACGAACCGUACAAUUUUACGGAAUGACUCUAGACCCCGAGAAAAAUUGUUACAUGUUGGUAACUGAAUAUCAUAAUAAACGAGACAUUCGUACUUCAUUACAAGAAAAUUAUUCGGAAUUAACCUGGUCAGAUAAAUUACGAUUGUUACAUGAUUGUGCGGAAGCUUUAUUACAUGUUCACUCGAAAGGUCUUACUCAUAAAAACUUACACAUUGAUCUUUCAGACUUUCAGUUUAAGCGCGAGGAUUUUGAAAUUCACCCUGAUGCUAUUUAUACUAGCAGACCUCUUGUCGAUUUAUUAUCACGUGAAUUCGAACUUCGUGAUCAAUUUCGGAAUGAAGCCGAAUUAUCUGAACAAAAUGAGUUGGAAGGGUCUUCUACUAAAGAUUCCGAAGAGAUCGAUGAAAUAAAAGAUGAACGCGACACGACCAUGACAUCAAGUGAUAAUGAUUCUUCGACUGAAUCAUCUUAA